AUGAGAAACCAUACAAUCAUUACAGAGUUUGUGCUUUUGGGUGCAUCAGACAACCCAAAACUUCAGGCUGUAAUUUUUAUCUUUUUAUUUAUAAUUUACCUACUGAGUGUUUCUGGAAACCUAACGUUCAUCAUUCUCACCUUGUUAGAUUCACAGUUAAAGACUCCUAUGUACUUCUUCCUCCGGAACUUCUCCUUCUUGGAAAUUACAUUCACCAGUGUCUCUAUUCCAAGAUUCAUGUGUUCAAUAAUUACUAAAGUCAAGACCAUUUCCUAUAACAACUGCUUAGCUCAGCUAUUUUUCUUCAUUUCCCUGGGUGUGUCUGAAUUUUUUCUUCUCACUGCUAUGUCCUGUGAUAGCUAUGUGGCCAUCUGCAGGCCUUUGCAUUACACCACCAUCAUGAAUAAGAAAAUCUGUACUCUUCUGGUCUUCAUUUCUUAUCUGGCAGGAUUUCUGACCAUUUUCCCACCACUCAUGCUUAUUCUCAAGUUGGAUUUCUGUGCUUUCAAUGUCAUUGACCACUUCUCUUUUGACUAUUUCCCCAUCUUACAACCUUUAUGCUCAGAUACAUGGUUUUUGGAAACGAUUGGCUUUUACUUUGCCUUUGUUACUCUGCUCUUCACGUUGGCAUUGGUGAUGCUUUCCUACAUAAGCAUCAUUAACACCAUUCUGAGAAUCCCUUCUGCUAGUCAGAGGAAAAAGACUUUCUCUACCUGUUCCUCUCACACUAUUGUCAUCUCCAUCUCUUAUGGGUGCUGCAUAUAUUAUGUCAAGCCUUCAGCAAAUGAAAGAGCAUCACUGACCAAAGGAGUAGCUAUUCUCAACACUUCCAUUGCUCCCAUGUUGAACUCUUUUAUUUACACUUUGAGGAACCAGCAAGUAAAGCAGGCUUUCAAAAUCUUUCUUCAUAAAUCACUGUCUUGUAGCAACAAGUGA